UUUGUUGCCAUUUCCCUGUACAUUUAACAGUUAUGGCGUCUCCACGGCCCAAAUCUCCUCGUCCAGCUCCGAUUUCUGCUAAAAAAGAGGAAAAAGAAGAGAGCUUCUGGGAUAAAAUUGGUACUUUAGGACGUAAAAAGCGCAUAAAGGAAGUUCAAGAAGUUCAAGAAGAAGGCAAACAUGCAAUUGAGUCGCCAGGAUUUGCGGCUAUGGUAGAUAUGCCACCCGAAGACUAUGCUUUAGAUGAAAAUGAAGAGCGAUCUAUGAUAGCACCUAGAAGUUUAGAAGAACCUAAAGUACAAGAGUUAAUUCAUGUAUUAAUUGAGUGGAUAAACGAUGAAUUGGCUAAUCAGCGUAUUAUAGUUAAAGAUAUUACAGAAGACCUUUACGAUGGCCAAGUACUUCAGAAAUUACUUGAAAAAUUAACAGGAAAAAAGCUUGAUGUUCCUGAAGUGACGCAAUCCGAGGAAGGACAAAGACAAAAACUUGCUGUUGUACUAAAUACAGCCAACAGAGUUCUAGGAUGUUAUCCUCCUUAUAAAUGGAGUGUUGAGUCGGUACAUUCUAGAAACAUUGUAUCAAUUUUCCAUUUGUUAGUCAGUUUGGUACGUUUAUUUCGAGCACCAGUUAGAUUACCAGAAUUAGUAUCCGUUCAAGUUGUUGUAGUAACAAAGAAAGAUGGUCAAUUAAUACAUAAAAUCAUAAAAGAAGAAAUCACGUCGACGUACGAUGACUUGGGAAUGCGUUGUGAACGAGAUGCCUUUGAUGCUCUAUUUGAUUACGCACCAGAAAAACUAGCAGUAGUAAAAAAUUCGCUGGUGACAUUUGUCAAUAAGCAUUUAAGUAAGGUACAUUUAGAAGUAUCGGAUCUUGAUAAUCAAUUCCACGAUGGUGUCUUUCUCACUUUAUUAUUGGGUCUUCUCGAAGGAUUUUUUGUACCAUUGGGUAGCUUUCAUUUGACCCCAAAAACUCACGAACAAAAAGUACAUAACGUAUCAUUUGCCUUUGAGUUAAUGCAAGAUGUUGGCCUACCAAAACCAAAAGCUCGACCAGAAGAUAUUGUCAAUUUGGAUUUAAAAUCAACAUUGCGUGUACUUUAUAAUUUAUUUUCAAAAUAUAAAGGCAUAAAUUAGUAAGAAUCUAUGUACGAAGCAUCAAUCAUUUAGUUUAAUUAAUUUGGUAAUUCUCUAUCAAUAAAAUAAUAACUUAUACAAUUAUUCAAAACAUUGUCAAUGAAACUAAAAGUUCUUAUCGUAGAUGUAUUUAUAAAUAUAUAUGUAUUUUAUAUUUUACUAACCAAAG